AUACACACACACAUACACACACACACACACACACACACACACACACACAGUAUAUGCAUUACAUUAAUUUACUGCAGUAAUGCCAGUAGAAGGGCCUAUUCGUGUGUGUGUGUGUGUGUGCGUGCGUGCGUGCGUGUGUUUGGGUGCGUGCGGCUGCCACCCUGUUUAUGCUGACAAUGAAGUUAAAGGGAGGCCCUGAGUGAGUGAUACAGACACAGUGCUCCCUCCAGCCUGGAGAGCCACAGAGGGCCCUUUGUGCUCCUUCAGCCAUCAGUGGCCAUCCAUCACAUUCUAACCUGACACAUUUGAACUCAACUGCACAGCCUGUUAAUCCUGCCAGGCCUGGAAGCUUGGGUUACAACAACGAGAGGCAAGUGGUGCCCACAGGAUGGGUAUGAAGGUGUUGCUUAGCCCUUAUUUUCUGAUGUCAAAACAACCUUUAUUUUUCUUUUCUUUUUUCACUAAAUAAAAUGGUAUCAUUUUUCAAACAAAUGUUUUAAUCAAGAUUAUUUUCUUUUUUCUUUAUCCAUUGUACACACACACCUGUCAACCUAUGAAAUAAUUGUGUGUGUACUAGGUAUUUUAGGAUACUUUUCCCAUCAGUGAAAACAACACGAGGUAGUUUAUAAUUAUUUCACCUUUUUAACAUUAAUAAGCAGAUAUUUUACUGUCAUCUCAACUACACAAGUGAAACUACAAUUUUUUUCUUUUUGCAGAUGUUGAUUUUUUUGAAGUUGGUAUUCCUUUCUUCUUUUCUUCUUUUCACCCUUCCUCUUUUCCUCUUUCCUUCCUUCUUGCUAAAACAAAGUUGAUUAUCUUAAAGCAUAUUAUAACAAAAGAGAACAGAAUAAGUCUAUUUAUCAUGAUAAAGAGUUCAGUAGGAUGAAAACAUGAAAAAUAGAGAAAGGGUAAAAAAAAAAAGAUGGGGUAAAUUUGUUUAUAGGUCUCAAAUCAAAACUAUGUCAAAAACAUUGGCACAAAUAUUCAGUAUAACUACACAAUUGCGAAUGUGAAUCUGCGUUUGUAUAAACAAGAAACUAAUAAGGAGUAACUGACAUUUUGGACACAAUAUGGAUUAAGCCAUUUUUGCUAACGCCAAAGCUUUUCAGCUAGCUUUCCACUGAAAUUGGAUUUCAUGCUUAAUUUUUCAUCAAAUGGGCGUUCACAUUUGUAGUAGUCAAAAGUUAUAUUACUAAAAGUAUCAUUUGCCCUGUCUAAUUAGUGGACUGAAACUGACUGAUGUACAAUAAUUACAUAACAAACGUAUAAUGUGAACUUAUUGUAAGUACGUUCUAAACAGGAAGUUAAGGAAUUAAACAUGAAAUCACAAAGCAGUUUCUAAAUCAAGAAUAAAACAUCUAGACAAACUCUGAUUCAAGACACAGGACAGAAAGCGUACAUACAAUGACAAAGCUGAAUUGUGGAAAAAUCCCCUUCGACAUGUAUUUUAAAUGUGUCACAUAGCUGCUGCUGCAUCCGUAGCCAUAAAUAAGUCAGUGUGCUUCAUUAAGAGCCAAAUAAAAGCUAAAUAGAAUUAGCAUUUGGGCAAUGAGUCUCCGCCCACACAUAUGCACACAAGGGAUUUCAAUUCAUUUCUUUAUGUAAAGCACUUUUAACAAUGGAUAUUGUCUCAAAGCAGCUUUACGCAGAUAAUGUGGUAAGAAAAAAUGAAAAAGAUUGUUCUUUAUAAGUGAAAGUUUGUUCCUAAUGAGCAAGCUGGUGGUGACUGUGUCGAGGAAAAACUCCUUUUUUCCAGGGAAGAGUUCCAAUCCCUGAAAAUGCUAACUCUCUAAAUGAGGUCAGGGACGUUAAAGGGCUGAUUCAUUGUUUAGUACCAGUGCUAAAUACAAUUAUGUCUAGAUAUUUAUGAUAUUAUUGUCUCUCAGGACACAUUGUUUAAUAUAAUCCUAAAAAGAUUUCCACAUUAGAUCUUUGUUUAUAUUACAACGCAUUCUAUAUGACAAAGGUUUUAGGGGACAAUUCCUUGUUAUCUUUUUUAGGAUAAUCAAAAGAACAACUAAAAGAUCCUCAUAUAACACAUUUUCAAAUCCUCAGAAACUUAAGAAGAACCUAUUUGGAGAUGUCAGCUAAUUAAAGUAGUCACUCUGAAUUGCCUGUUCAAAUCUCCUGUGAUUUGUUUAGAUUUCUUUGGCACCGAGAUCAUGUUUCACAGACUUUUCAACAGUGCCCUGCCGCCAUUCCUUAAACAAAAAAUGGACCCCAAAAACAUCCCUGAAAGACAUAGGGGCGACGGACAGAGAUGCAAAGUGUAGAUGUGUGGCAAUAGCUUAACAUGGGGUCAGGUUUCUCAGGGCCCUGGCUAUAUUUAACUUAGUGAUCUAACACCAGGCAGAGGGUUUAAAUGCCACCCCUGCAGUUGGUGUGGAGCAGUUGUCGCCCACAGAUCUUGUUCGGCACGAGCUUGGGGAUACGCACGUGCAGUGCACACACACACACAUCACACAGGACUUAGUACGUGAAAGAGCAAGUGGGGGAAGAAGAGAGCAAGCCAGUGGAGUGCACACUUUUACAGCCUUAAGUCAGCCUAGAUGGAGCUUUUCGAGACCAACCCGUACUUCUUCCCUGAGCAGCGAUUUUACGAAGGUGGUGAGAACUUCUUCCCUUCUAGGCUUACAGGGGGAUUUGAUCAAGGUGGAUACCAGGACCGGAACUCAAUGGUGGGGCUGUGCGGGGAUGGAAGGCUGCUUUCUGGCACUGUAGGACUAGAAGACAAGCCAUCUCCAUCCUCCACACUCUCUCUGUCACUCUCGCCUAAUCAGGAGCAAGAGCACUGCCCGGGUCAGUGCCUGCCAUGGGCAUGCAAGGUGUGUAAGCGCAAGUCGGUAAGCAUGGACCGGCGCCGGGCAGCCACGAUGCGGGAGAAGCGCAGGCUCAAAAAGGUGAACGAGGCAUUCGAGGCUCUCAAGCGCAGCACACUGACCAACCCGAACCAGAGGCUACCCAAAGUGGAGAUCCUCAGAAGUGCUAUCCAGUACAUUGAGAGGCUACAGGCACUUGUCAGUUCGCUCAAUCAGCAGGAGCAUGAGCAGGCUGGCCUGCAUUACAGGGCCUCGGCUGGUCAGAGGGUGUCCUCCUCCAGUGAACAGGGUUCAGGCAGCACAUGCUGUAGUAGCCCGGAGUGGAGCACCGCAUCAGACCACUGCACCCCUGCUUACGGCUCCACCCAUGAAGAUCUGCUGAACGAUGAUUCGUCAGAGCAAGCCAAUCUGAGAUCUCUGACGUCAAUCGUCAACAGCAUCACAGGGACAGACGGAGCGGCGGUUGCUUACUCAGUGGACAUCACGAAGUGAACAAGAAAAGGUGUGAAGGAGCAUUCUAACAAUUCAUUUCCUGAAAGCCUAUAAAUACAGCACUACCUGUUACAGCAAAAGCAUGAAAUCCCAAACAAAUCCAUGAAAACCCAAACAAAUCCAUGAAAAGCCCCCGGGUACAAUUUCCAAUCAAAUUUAGUGGUCCAUCGAAAAAAUAUUUCCAGUUUUGUUGUUGUUUUUUUUUAAGAAGAUGUUCAAGCUAGCUAGUCUAGACUGAUGUGUUGUCCUUUGAAACUUUCCUCAAUUCUUUUUUUUUUUGCAUGUGUGUUAUGUUAUGCCUUCCAAAAACAUUAAUUUUAUGGGGCCAAUGUUUUCUGAUUGUUUUGACCAAUAUUUGUCUAAUUUAACUAGUUCCAUUAUGCCAUGUAAAUACGUUCCAAUUUUCUACUGAGUGAAUCUGCAAGUUUAUUUUAUAUAUUUUUUUGU